CGUGUGAUACUUUUUUUGGCAAGAACGAAUGUUUUUUCGAAUCGCCUAACGUUUUUGUACUGUCAAAUUACUACUGAAUGUUUUAAUUUUACGGUGGUGUGAUAAGACGAAUGCUAUGUCUUUAACUGGAGCUAAUACAACUCCAUUGGGUCGUCUUCAUCCAAUAUUGGCCGCGAAGCAACACGGAUCUGUUAGCCCUACACCUGGCUUGAAGCGAGAAGCCGGUUAUUCCGAAUUCGGAGAUGGAGAAAGAAAGAAAAAAAGGAAAAGCAGAUGGGGAACUGAAGAAAAGAAAACCUUUAUCCCUGGAAUGCCAACAACAAUGCCGCCAAAUCUAUCACCAGAGCAGCAACAGGCGUAUAUUGCCCAACUGAAGAUUGAAGAAAUUACCAGAAUGCUGCGGACGGGAGAGCUUGGGAUACCAGACAAUCCCGAUGAGAGGUCACCAUCCCCUGAGCCAAUUUAUAACACAGAAGGGAAAAGGUUGAACACCCGUGAAUUCAGAGUGAGAAAGAAACUAGAGGAAGAGAGACACAAUCUUAUACAGGAAGCUCUGACUUUGAAUGAAGAUUACAAGCCUCCUGCUGACUAUAAGCCACCAAUCAUAAAAAUCCAGGAUAAGGUUAUGAUUCCACAGGACAAUCAUCCUGAAGUGAACUUCAUUGGAUUACUCAUUGGACCUAGAGGUAACACAUUGAAAAAGAUUGAAAAAGAGAGUAGCGCAAAGAUCAUGAUCAGAGGAAAAGGCUCUAUAAAGGAAGGAAAAAUACACAAUGGAAGAAAGGACGGGCAGCCCAAUCCUGGAGAAGAUGAAGAGCUUCAUGCCUUAGUAACUGGACCAAAUGAACAGUCUGUACAGAAAGCUGUUGCAAUGAUUCGGGAUAUAUUGCGCCAAGGAAUAGAAGCCCCAGAAGGACAAAAUGACUUGAAGAGGAUGCAGCUGCGAGAAUUAGCUGCUUUGAAUGGAACAUUGAGAGAUGAUGAGAUUCUGAGAUGUCGAAACUGUGGGUCAGCAGAGCAUCGCCAUUGGGAGUGCCCUGAACAGAAAAAUGUUACAAAUAAUGUGCUUUGUACAAAGUGUGGGGCAGCAGGCCAUCUGGCUUCAGAUUGUAUUCAAACAGACCUACCGCCUAUUCCUGUGGUACAAGUGGACAAGGCAAAAAUGGAUAGUGAGUACAUGUCACUCAUGGCAGAGCUAGGAGAGGGCCCUCUGCCAGAGCCAAAGGUGCAGCCAAGGCUUCCGCCCCCAGUGGAACAAAACAGGCCACCACCACCUCAGCACACACCCACACCACGCCCCACUCUACCCAUGCAGAACACCAAUCAAGAUCGGCCUCCAUCCUCUGCCCCACCACCAUGGGCGGCACCACCAGGUCCUAAGCCACUCAUGAGCACGCCAGUGCCCAUGCCUGCGGGAGGGCCACCUCCACCACCACCACCACCUAAUGGUAAUAAUGCUCCACCAUGGGCAAAACCUGGUCUGUUGCCUCCUCCUGGUGGACCACUGAUGGGCCCUCCUCAUCCUCAUCAAGCUGGCGGUCCACCACCCCCUCCCCCUUCGGGUGGACCUGGACCAUAUCCUCCCCAGGGACCUGGGGGACAUGGACCCCCACCCCCACCCCCACCAGCAUCUGGUGCUCCCCCUCCGCCUCCUUGGCAGAAUCCUGUUCCCCCACCAUGGCAGAAUCAGGGACCUGGAUUUGCUCCACCCCCACCCCCAGGGUUUUCUCCUUAUGGACCACCCUUACCACCCCCAUCAGAUGGUCAUUGGGCCCCACCCCCACUGAUGGGUGCACCUCCUCCCCCACCACCACCCCCUCCCCCAGGACCACCUCCUCCAUCAACAUGAGGGACGGAAGACUGGUUCAUUCAGGAUCAAGAGAAGAAUACAAGCGUCUGUGUGGUUCAGUCACAUUUAACCAGAGAAUUUGUUAUCGCAAGUGUAAAAUCCACAUCUCGGCUCUUUAUUUUUCAUGCAAUUCUAGCAUAGUGAUAACAACGCUAAGUUUGACAGCUCUUGAAAUUUUUGUCUUUGUCAUGUCUCUGAAGAAAUAGUAAAGGAUCAGUUUUGUGUUAAAGCUGGCUGCUCUCAAAGAAUUCUCUUCCUUCAAUUUCUUCAGCGAAAUUGUCUCCAGAUGUCUUCAUUUUAAAAGGAAAUUAUCUAUAAAUUUGUUGCUCUUGGUAAAAAAACAAAUGUUGUGUUUCAGGAAAUGUCAUAUGCAGGUAGCCGAUGUACAAACGCAGUCCCCCUUAGGUUUGCCUUCCUCCUUUUUAAGAAGAAAAGAAAAACUUCUAAACGUCAUAUGCUGUAAACGCUGUAUCAAAUAUGUAUAUUUUUAAACUUUAGUUUGCACUUGGGCUGAAAUUGAGAACAGUUUUACCUUGUCCUAUGAAUGCUUUGGGUCAGCGCUCUUCAUUUCACGUCGACUUGCCUGGUUUCUUGGGUAGAGUGGGCGUUAAUCUUUCAAACAAAUAAAGACAGAUGAUGAUCAUAGACCAA